AUGAGUGGGCAUGCAGUCAAUAGGCAGGAAGAAGUAAGACAGGCAGAAAUUAAUCAGGAAAUGGGCAGAAUGCUGAAGACUUCUGGUUUUCAGAAAUCUGAUGGAACUGAGCUGCUGCCUUAUACAGAAUACAAGACUCAUCCAGCAAAAUGCACCAUUGGUGACCCCCUGCCUAUUCUUCACUGCUAUCUUCAAGAUGGUGACCACAUCAUUGGUGGGAUGGUUUCUCAGAACAUAAUGCCUGAUCCUCCAAUUAAUUUUGAUGAACACCCCAAUCAGUCUUUGGCUUUUGAUCAUAUGGUAGUGACUAAGCACUACCAGCAUCUGCUGGCCUUGGCAUUUGCUGUGAAGGAGAUAAAUGUAAACCACCAAAUCUUACCUAACAUCACCCUGGGCUUCCACAUCUAUGACAGCUACUUCAAGCCACGGUGGACCUAUCGAGCCACAAUGGAACUUCUAUCCACACAGAACAGAUUAAUCCCCAACUACCAGUGUGGCAUCCAGAACAAGAUGGGAUCAGUCAUUGGGGGUCUUCACUCUGAAAUUUCCCUCUGUAUGGCAGCCAUCUUGGGCAUCUACAAACUUCCGCUGUUUACAUAUGGUUCUGUUCCAGUGCAUAAUGACAGAGCUGAGCCCCUUUCCUUCUAUCAGAUGGUCCCAAAUGAAUCUCACAACUAUGCAGGCUUUCUCCAGCUUCUCCUACAUUUUAGAUGGACCUGGGUUGGAGUCUUUGCUAAAGAUGAUGACAAUGGGGAAAGGUUUGUGAGGACCAUACUUGAAAUGUUUCUUAAACAUGGCAUUUGUUUGGCCUUCUUAGAAAGGGUGAAGGCAAAUCAGGUCAAUAGCCUGUUUGAUGAAUUUGAAUGGUUGGAGAGAACAUAUCAUAGGCUCAUGAACAGCAGUGUCAAUGCAGUAAUCUUCUAUGGAGAAAGUAUGACAAUGUUGAGAUGGUUGCUCUUUAUACCAAACUUAAUAGGGUUGACAACAAAGCCUAAAGGAAAAGUGUGGCUUAUGACAGCCCAGAUGGAGCUCACGUCAUUGAUGUAUCAAAGAGGUUGGGAUAUCCAAACCAUCCAUGGGGCUCUUUCCUUUGCAGUACAUUCCAGUGAACUCCCAGGUUUCCAAAAUUUUCUCCAGAUGAGAAACCCUUUCCUGUCCAGAGAAGAUGGCUUUCUCAAGGAUUUCUGGGAACAAGCAUUUGGCUGUAUAUUUCCAAAUCCAAUGGCUAACAAUAAUGCUGAAGAAACCUGCACGGGGGAGGAAAAACUCAAGGAUAUUCCUGGGGAUUUUUUUGAAAUGAGAAUAACUGGGCAGAGCUACAGCAUCUAUAAUGCUGCUUAUGCUGUGGCACAUGCUUUACAUGCUAUGUUGUCACAAGGGACCAAAAUCCAGGCAAUGAUGAAUAUAGGGAGACUGAAUCUGCAACAUCACCAGCCAUGGCAGCUCCACUAUUUUCUAAAAAGAGUCUCAUUUAACAACAGUGCUGGGGACAAAGUUUCAUUUAACCUGAAUGGGGAAGUGGUCACUGGACUGGAUAUUAUCAACUGGGUCACUUUCCCAAACCAAUCCUUUCAUAAAAUGAAAGUGGGAAGGUUGGAUCUCUAUGCUCCCAAUGAUAAAAUCUUCACCAUUUAUGAUGAUGCCAUCACGUGGCACAACAGCUUUAACCAGGUAUGGUAUCAGACAUUGCCACUUUCUGUGUGUACCAACAGCUGCCACCCUGGUUACUUCAGGAAAGAGCAGAAGGGGAAGGCUUUUUGCUGUUACGAUUGCAUCCCGUGUCCAGAAGGGAAGAUUUCAAACCAACAGGACAUGAAUGACUGUUCCAAAUGUCCAGAAGAUCAAUAUUCAAACAAGGGCCAGAAUCUUUGCAUUCCUAAGACUAUAACUUUCUUGUCCUAUGAAGAACCUUUUGGAUUCACUUUAGCCAUCUUGGCCCUUUCCUUUGCUUUAAUGACAGCUCUGGUACUUGGAAUAUUUAUAAAGCACCGCAACACUCCCAUAGUCAAAGCCAACAACCGGAGCCUCACCUACACUCUUCUCAUCUCGCUCCUGCUCUGCUUCUUUUGUGCAUUGUUGUUCAUUGGCCCACCUGAGAAGACAAUGUGUCUCUUCCAACAAACUGCUUUUGGCAUGGUAUUUUCAGUGGCUGUAUCUUGCUUAUUGGCAAAAACCAUCACGGUGGUUCUGGCUUUCAUGGCCACCAAGCCAGGAAGCAGGAUGAGGAAGUGGGUAGGGAAAAGACUGGCCAUGUCCAUUGUCCUUUGCUGUUCCCUGAUGCAAGCAGGAAAUUAUGCGAUUUGGCUGGCAACCUCUCCCCCAUUCCCAGAUACCGACAUGCAUUCAGUGACUGAAGAAAUUGUUUGGGAAUGUAAUGAGGGGUCUGCGACCAUGUUUUACUGUGUCCUGGGCUAUAUGGGCUUCCUAGCUAUUGUCAGCGUCACUGUGGCUUUCUUUGCAAGGAAACUUCCGGAUAGUUUCAAUGAAGCCAAGUUUAUCACUUUCAGCAUGUUGGUCUUCUGCAGUGUUUGGUUAUCAUUUGUUCCAGCCUACUUGAGUUCCAAGGGGAAAAACAUGGUGGCUGUGGAGAUCUUCUAUAUUUUAGCAUCCAGUGCUGGAUUGUUGGUUUGCAUCUUUCCCCCAAAAUGUUAUAUUAUUUUAUUUAGGCCAGAGCUGAACAACAGGGAACAACUAAUAAAGGGAAAGCACUGA